UUCUUUUGAUUCGGCUGCUUGAUUCAUUCUGCGUGGUUCUGUAUGAGUUCUUGCUGCGUGUCUUGGUGGCGGCGUGUGAUGUGAUUGAACUGUAGGCAAGUCCUGAAGGCGUCUUUAGUUACUGGAGAAAUGUGUGAUCGGCUUGCAGGCUGAUGAGCAUCCAGCCAUGCUGACGCUACAUGGAACCGCACUCUUUAUGAGGCCAAGCGCUUAUCAAGAGGUGAAGUGCUCACCAAAGCAUGCCACAGUUCUGAAUAACAACCUGUUAGGUUGCAGUGCGGUUUAUAAUCCAGUGGAAGGCCAUCAUGUACAGAAGCCGCACAUUGUUCCUAGCUUCAAAGUUAACUUCACCAGGGCGAGCAAUUAUCUGUAUAGAAGUUUAAAUGAAAGAAGUACAAGGCACUGGCUGCAUCGGUUUCAUGUUAACGCUUCAUCGGAUGAGGACUUCCGCUCAUCACGUAAUAUAGCACUCAGCCUGUUCAAGCGAUAUAAAAAUGUCAUUGACCGAGGAGGUGGAGAUAACCUGAAGGAGUUUGUUAGUGCUGGAGUGAAUGCAUAUGCUCUAGGUUGUACAGAAGAGGGGCUCAGAAAGGAACUUAUGGAUAUGAAAGAUUCUGGCCUUGAGAUUGAAGGCCUGCAGUCCAAUGGAGGAGGAACCAGCUUGAAAUUCAAAGUUCACUCCUUUGAGGUCCGGGAAUGCAUCCUGUGGCUCAGUAUAGUAUUCAUUACAAUACUGUGCACACCACAACCAACAAUCAUUAGGUGGUCUACUACUCCACCAGUGUCAGCUGAUGUUUUGCAUCAGUGGAAAGGAUUUUGUGCCCUAAUAGCCAACGCUUACUAUACCAAAGGAAUGGCAUGGUUACCAGUGAAAACCUUGCAGCUGGAACAAAUGGCUGUGAUGGGCAGUUCAGAGGAACCAUCAGUAGUAGCCAGUCGCAUGCAAAUAGUUUUCAGUACAUUAGAGGUAGUUAGUCCUCAAUGGCCAAGAGUGUGAUGAACUUAAACUGAAAGUUCGCGUGCAGUUUUAUGUACUCGUCGUGUCUGACAAAGAGCAAACGUUGGCAUCACGAACGAAGCAUUAGCAUUUUUUACCCCACAAUUUGUAGUCAAAUGCCCAGAUGUGCAAAUGUACACUACAAACAGAUCUCCCGAGAUCGUAAAGUAUUGGUCAAUACACGUACAGUUACCUUUUAUAUGCCUUUGCUGUUGCUUAUAAUCUUCCUCUU